AUGCUAAUAGAAUUCUUUCUCCUGCAGGUUUGGGAUCCCCGAGAGCGUUUGAUGGACGUCAUGUCAUCUAGUCUGUCGUCGGCGCGCUCAUUGAGGAGCUCAGCCGGGGAAGGGAAGGAAGAGAACCUUAUGAUCAGAGUGCUCAGUGCAAGCGGCCUGAAGCAGAAGGGCCGAAUCUUUCUCGACGAUCAAGAGCCUGUGUUCUGUCAACUCCGCGUGCUUGACGGCGAUGAGUCCGACGUCCAAGAAGGCCGAACAGAAGCAAUGCCAGAAGACGAGACCGACGUGAUUGUAUGGAACGAAGGGUUCUUGUUCAGCCUGGAAUGCUCUGUUUGGCGCUUGAGUUACGACCCCGAGGAGAACAAAGACGUCACGACCUUUCUUGGAGGAGCUGUCAUCAGCACAAGCGAGCUUGCAGCCUACGCUGGGAGGCUUCUCAAGCAAGACUUCGAGCUGGAGGGCUCUUCUCACUUUGGCGGGAAACUACAACUUGCCUUGCUGUACGGCGCAGAUCCCAACGAUUUGGAUCUUUCCGAGGGGUACGAGAGCCACCAGGAAGGGGAAUCAGAAAUUGAGAUUCAUGACUACCCUAUGCAACGAGUGGACCCUUCGAAUCAGAGCGACACAUUCGAAGCUGAAGACGAGGUGGAGGAGUACGAGGACAAUCAGGAAGAGGCUAUGUUUGAACCGCAGCUCUACGAUACCGAACUUCCACAAAGGUUGUCAAAUCAGAGCAGCCCACCAAGUCUGCAGGAUGAGAACGAGCAUGAUGAGAUGUGGAGGGGAGGAGACGACCAAGAGAUAGAGAUGAAGAAGAGGCUGGAAUCUUCAGAAAACAACUCAGGCGUCGGGAUCUCACUGGAGGCUGAUAGUGAGGGAAACGUUGUUAUUGUUUCACUUCGAGCUGGCGGGUCAGCAGAAAGCAGCGGGCAAGUGAAACCAGGCGACAGGAUCUGCGGCAUCGACGGGCAAGACAUCCGCGGUCUGAGCGUUCCUGACAUUCUCGACCGCAUAGUCGGGCCGAGCAACACGAGAGUCUCACUGGACCUGAUGGACGCGGAUCGAUCUGACGGGCACGUGAAGCGAGUGAUGUUGCGGCGGAUGUCAUCGAUGCCGCUGCAGAUUCAGUUCGACCAGCCGUUUCCCGACCAUCCGAGCUACCUCUCACAAGGAGCGCAAGACAGAUACCUCGUCCCUGACGUCUCCAGAGCGUCUGACAUCGACGGUAAGCCGUCCAGCCUCUUUCCUAGCAUGCAGAACCAGCCGGUGGACACCCUCGCGUCGCAUCACAGGCCCUCGAAGCAGGCGAAGGUCAGCCCUGUGCCCUCAGCCCCCGAUGAUUUCUCGGUGACGAUGGUGGACGGCGAAGGAUUCUUAACCGGCGAGUCGAUCACGCGAACUCUCUCAGAGUUUGAGAUGUUGUACGAGUUCCUCAUCGGUAAUUACUCCAAACCCAGCAGCAUGCCCAGCUCUCUGGACCCCUUCGACGCUCAUCGCAAUUUUGCGGUCCCUUCCCUGGAGCUUGACCUCGUCUUUGAUCAGCAGGGGAACGUCAGCCUCUCUCUUCUCGCUGCUCGCCUCGAGGAGUUCCUCAACGAAGUCUUGGCUGACCCUCUGCUGUCGCGCGACACAUACGUCCUUGCCUUCUGCGAGCCCGACGAGCUUGACACCCUCAAGGAGCUACAGGACUCCUCCAGCGAGCAGCGCUCUCCUCCUCCUCCUCCUGCUCUCGAUCCGCUUGAACUCGUCUCAAGAAACGGCUACGCGUCCAGCUUCAGCAAGAGCAUGUCGCCACAGGACGGGAAGUACGAGAUGUCGAACGGGUCGAUGGCGCUUCCUUCUUCGACAGAGGGCGUGGUGAAGUUGUACAUGGAGAAGCUGGCAGAGAAGGACAGGCAAAUCGCACACAUGUCCAUAAAACUCUCAGCUGCUGAGCACAAAGUGUCAUCAGCAACGCAGCGAGAAGCGGAGCUGGAGGAGGAGCUGAAGCGACUGAAGGCUGGGGGGACCGCGAGGUUCUCGACAGGAGGGGAGGGGUGGGAGGAAGAGAAAGCGAAGCUCAUCGCCGGGUUCAAGGAGCAGAUCGAGAUGCUGCAGGCCUCUCACAAGGAGGGAGGCGGCCGCUUGUCAGCCGGAGUUGACAGCAGAAGCUCAGCUGGUCAGCUGCAGGAGGUGAUGCAGAAGUUGUCAGAGGCGAACCAGGAGAGCAACCGGCUCAAGGUCAGGCUGGGAGAGCUCGAAGUGACGCUGCGGAGCGUGGAGGAGGAGCGAGCCCAGCUACAGCGAGAGGUGAAGACCGCAAAGUGGAGCCCGAGUGAGGAGGAGGAGGAUCAGGGGAGGCCGUUGGAGGUCAGCGAGCUCAGGAGGAGGGUGAGAGAGCUGCAGGAGGAACUCUCGUCGGAGAGAGAGCGCCUGAACCAGCAGAGGAGACAAGCGCAGACGCUAGAGACGAACUUGAGCGAGUCCAAGGUGAUGGUGGAGCAGCUUCAGCAGGAGCUGGAGGUGGCGCAGAUGAAAGUCACGCACAGCAGAAACCUGUCGCAGGAGGUGGAGGACAAGGAGUUGGAGAUCUCCUCCCUCGGCGAGAAGUGUGCCAUCCUCUCGAAGAGGAACGAGCAGCUCCUGGACGAGCUGGAGGCUCUGCGGAAGAGCAGCGACGAGCUGAAGGCACAAGUUGGUGGGGAGCACCAGAGAGGACGGCGAGAGGAUCGAGAGGAGGCGAUGGAGGAGCUUGACAGCCUGAGAAGGCAGCUCAUGACCCAGCAGGACGAGAUCAAAUUCCUCAAGUCCAAACUCGCGGACGAGCGCUGGAAGACUUCUUUCCCUCCCAACUCUCUCCAGCUCGCGCCCAACUCUGCUCCCUUCGGCAACGGACAGACCAAGGGCUCCAUCCUCAAGGCUCGACAGGCUGUGGAGGAGCUGAAGCAGAGGAUAGUCGGAGGCUCCUCCUCCUCGAGCGUGUCCCCCUCCCCCCGCCUCUCCGCCAGUCCUCAAGCCUUCGCUGUGUCGCAGGCCAUGGAGUACGAGACGAAGAUCGCCCAGCUGAUGACCCAGCUGAAGCGGGAGCGACUGGCGCUGGAAGAGGAGAAGAUUGCCAGGCAGGCAGCCGACGAGCUGAACGCGGAGCUGCUCGAGAGCUUGCAAGAGAGCCGCGCGGCCCUUCCCUCCACCUCAGCUGCUCGACCUUCAUACCAGCAGGACUUGAGCUGGAGACGGUCAGACCUGAAGCUGGACGGAGGGUUCGCGCGAUUCGUCAACAGCAAGAGGAGCGAAGGAACAGAGAGGACGAUGAGCCCCCAACUGUCUUCCACGCUAGCCAAGGUACAAAAAGCCCUCGCUCGAAUCAAAAGCGACAUGGACAUCUAA